AUGCGGCUUUUAUUAAUAUCCUUCAUUUUGCGCUUGUCUUCAGCGCUCAAGUAUCCAAACGAAAUUGUUGAUACGCCAAUUGUCGUAUGUGAAAAGGAUCGCAUUAUUAUUAAGAUAAAAACGACCACUUCCAACCCAUCGCACAUUUACGUCGAUGGAAGGGAAAGUGAUGAAGAAUGCGGCACGAGGAAUCUCAAUAGAAUCGAAGUUGCUCAUGGCAAAUGCGGAAUGAUCAAUGAUUCAACAGAGCAACCGAACGGAAGCAUCAAGCGACUAUGCAUAACCGUCCAGCUUCAUCCAUUAUUUGUCACCGAGUCUGACCGCAGCUACUGUGCUCAAUGCGUUUAUAUCGAGUCUCAUGUGAUGAAGGACAUCGAAUCGAGUCUUGACAUCAGCGAUUCUCCGCCAACUCAGCUGAGUCCUCAAUUCGAUUCGAUGUCAAUGCCGAAAUGCUCGUACACUAUUCGAAAAGAAUCCAAAGAUGGUCCAGUUACUCAAUACGCGGCGAUUGGCGACAGCGUGUUUCAUGUUUGGAGUUGCGAUGGCGAUUAUAAUGAAAUUCUCGUUCAAAAUUGCCACGUGGAAGAUGGACAAGGAAAUCGAAUAUUAAUAAUUGAUCAAAAUGGAUGUGGCAUUGAUCAUUACGUGAUGCCAACUCCCGAAUACACAUCAAAUAAAAAGAUUGCUUAUCAAGAAACGCAUGUGUUCAAAUUUGCCCAAAAAACGAUUACCCGUUUCAUUUGCCAAUUGAGGAUUUGCAUGAAAGGCGACUAUUGCAAGCGGCUUUCGCCACCCGAUUCGUGUCCGAGUCUUGAGGAACGCUUGAACCAGACGCCAAAAGCGCACGGUGUGCGCAAUGUUGUCCACGCGUCCGGUCAUCCGACGAUUGAUCAAGGAUCAACGUCGAAAGGAACGAUUUACUAUGGGGUUGGAUACAAUCCGAAACGGAAUCGCAGAGAGAUUCUCAUCGAUAAUAAACCGCGGCCGAGUUUCGUCGUCAAAAACGGCUAUCCGGAACUCGAAAUGGUUGGCGAGUUGAGAGUUCUCGAAACACCCGAAGACGCCGAAUACUUUUCGAGAAGCUCAAAUUGUGCAACAACGCCAAGCUCGAAUAAUUUGUUCUUUACCGUCUUAUUGGCUGUGUUCUUGAUUCUUACAAUCAUCCUUAUAGCAAUUUUUCUUCUGAUAUCAUCGCGAUUGAAGUCGCGAAAAAAUAAUUCGCUUCAUUUUGCGCAAUAA